GUAGGGAUGAAAACAAAACAAAACCCAGCAUUUGCAUUUUCAGUGCUUUUUUCUUGUUUUUCCUUAAACUUUUUACCCAAGGCACUGCACUGAAGCAGCUCCUGCCAUUUUUGAGAAUCCUGGUUAAAAAAAAAAGUGUGGGAACAAAAGAGUCCUUAGUCAACAAGGCGACGCGUUGAUUUGAAACUUGAAAGUAAUAGCACUCUAAUUUGUGGACAAGUAAUUAGCUACGCGUCAACGCAAACCAGUCAACUGAAUGAUAAACUAACCUGUUUUGUGUUUCAACCUUCCAUACAAUUGCAGGCUGGAAGAAGAUGCAUCUCUCUCUUCCUUUUCGUUUCAUCCCCACCUUGGUGGUUGCAACGGCAGUUGCAUUAGCAGCGGUGACGGUAUCAUCCCAGUCGCAGCAGCCGUGGUCACUAGAACAGGAAGCCCGGGCUCUGCUUGCCAGCGGGUGGUGGAGUGGCUACAUCAACCAUCUCUGCGAGUGGCCCGGCAUUACUUGCAACACUGCCGGAAGCAUCACGGAGAUUUCGCUGCCACCUGAUUUCCAGUUGGGGGACGAUGGCAAUUUUGGAAAAUUCAACUUCUCUUGCUUUCCAAACAUUGUUCGUCUUCGGCUUCGUGCAAGCGGACUCAAGGGCAGCAUUCCAUCUGAAAUAGGUACUCUUUCCAAGCUCAAGCACCUUGACCUUUCUUACAAUCAAAUUACUGGUUAUAUCCCUUCAAGUCUUUGGAACUUGAAAAACUUGGUCACCCUUCAACUAUCAGCAAACAGGCUCACUGGUCCAAUUCCCGCCACCAUUGGCCGUUUAACUAGUUUGAAAUCUUUGUCCCUCGAAUGGAACCAGAUCAACGGUUCCAUCCCUUUUGAACUUGGGGAUUUGAACAACUUGGAACAUUUGGAUUUUAGUGCUAACAGUCUCACCGGUUCAAUUCCUCCGUCUCUUAGUCAUCUACUCAAGCUCAAGGCACUAAACCUGUCCAUGAACAAGAUAUCCGGAGUCAUACCUCAUGAGCUUUCUCAGUUAACACAAUUACAGUAUCUUGUUCUUUCGUCAAACCAAAUUUCGGGUAACAUAAUACCUGAAAUCGGAUCACUUUUCAAUCUUUUUGUUCUAGACCUUUCCAGUAACAGUCUAAUAGGAUCGAUCCCAACUGAUCUUGGGAAUUGCUCGAACUUACAACUCUUGUUCUUGAGCCGCAACUUUUUAACUGGGAGUAUUCCCGCUCGGAUUGGUUACCUCUCUGCACUGACUAGUAUCGACCUCAGCCAUAACUCACUACGAGGAAAAGUACCUUCUGAGCUUGGGAGCCUGAGGAAUUCGUUGGAAUAUUUGGACCUCAGCCACAAUAAACUCACUGGUACCAUUCCCCCUUCUUUCAAUUUGUUGCACAGAGUUCGUCAACUCAAUUUGUCAUACAAUUCCUUGAAGGGUCAUAUCCCAACUGAUCUCCAGCUUCUGUUUCCACCUGAUGCAUUUGUCGGUGGCAACAAUGAUUUAUGUGGUGAUCCGAUAGGCCUCCCCUCUUGUUCUCUAACCAGGUCCAGCAGCAAGAACUUGGAACUUGUAAAAAUCUUGGUUCCCGGAAUUCUUUUAGCUUUCCUCAUUCUUGGUUAUUUUGUUUUUCCUCGAUGUUUAUUACUUUGGAAAAACAAGUCCAGUGGAGUAACAAAGAACGGAGAUUUAUUCUCGAUAUGGAACUUUGAUGGAAAAAUCGCAUACAAGGAUAUCACGAAAGCAACAGAGGACUUUGACAUGAAAUACUGUAUUGGGAGCGGAGCUUAUGGCAGAGUUUACAGAGCACAGCUACCAAGUGGAAAAGUAGUAGCCUUGAAGAAGCUCCACCAUUGGGAAGCUGAGGAACCAGUUCUCUUCAAGAGUUUCAAGAAUGAAGCAAGAAUGCUGUCAAAAAUUCGACAUCGAAACAUUGUGAAGCUUCAUGGGUUUUGUUUGCACAGGCGUUGUAUGUUCUUGGUCUAUGAAUACAAGGAAAGGGGAAGCUUGUUUAGUGUUCUGGGCAAUGAUGUUGAAGCUGCAGAUUUGGAUUGGACCAAGAGGUUACAUAUCAUCGAAGGCGUAGCGCAUGCGUUGUCAUACAUGCAUCACAACUGCACCCUACCAAUCAUUCACCGAAGCGUGAGUAGCAGCAAUAUUCUUCUCAACUCGGACUUGGUGGCUUCUUUAUCCGACUUUGGCACAGCACGGCUCUUAUAUCCUCAUCCGCGUAAUCGAACAGUGCUUGCCGGCACUCCGGGAUACAUCACUUAUUCUUUGAUUCGGCUCUUAUAUCCUAAUACACUUGCUUGUUUUCCGUAAACCAGAACUUGCACACACAUUUGCCGUGACUGAAAAAUGCGAUGUUUAUGGUUUUGCACUUCGCCAUGGUGAGCAAUCCGUAGAAAAACAACAGCCUUCAUUCAUUCGCAGAUAGAACCCGAAAACUUUAUUUAUUUGCACUUGCAGUUUAGUAAACAAAGUAAUGCCGUCGUUUUUACAUCAUCUCA